AUGUUGCCUAAAACAUUUUCACGGCGUUUUUGCCGUACCAAGAGCUUCCAUGUGGCUACUGUGGCACAAGUAAGGUGGUUUUGAUUACAUAUUUGCGUUAUUCUUAACCCUCGUAUCUCAUAAAGACAGUUUGAGACUCUCAUUUCAGAAGCACGAAGGAUAUAUUCCUGGCCAUCGCCUGAGGGGUGAUUACGAUAAGAAUGCGGAGCGACUCCGCAAUACAUCGGAAACCCCGUUCUCUGAGAAACCAACGAGUUUUCAACGGCGGAUGCUGGUGAUCACUGGGUUGUAUCCUUCAGCCAAAGAGAUCCCGGAGACUGUCCCGUAAGUACUGCUUUGAUUAUAGAAGGAUGAUACAUCAAAAUUCAGAGUAUUUCUUCAACUUAUAGCUCUUUUAAUCAUUAUAUAAUAUUUUCAGCGCCCAAACUCUGAAUCGGAUGUGGGAUCGAGAGCGUGCUAUCAUCGUAAUGACCACUGUUUUCCUUUUCUUCUCCGCCUACUUUUACGGAGAGUAUUCGCUGUACAAGAAGAUGAAGAAACAGCGAGAAAAAGAUCUCGAAUCUCAACAUGCGUUGGCUCAUCACUAA